AUGACCUAUUUCGCAGAUAUCAAUCCCCUGUAUCUGCGCUGGGCCGCUGGAAUUCUUGUGAGCCUGGUGGGAAUUGGGCUAUGCUUCUGGAACCUACUGACAGGAUCCACAGUCAUUGCCUUUGCCGCGUAUGUCAUGGGCCACUGGGUAUUAAAGCGGCACUCGAGACCCUUCGUCUACUCUACUCGGAUCGUGUUGGCGGCCGGAUUUUUGCUGAGCACUGCCUUUAUUACUCUCAUGCCAUGGACUUUUUAUGGAGGCCACGAAGGCUGCAGCGCAUUCUCACCAACCAUGGAGACCCGCCACGGGUACCACUUCGGCGACUUCUGGACGCUAAUGUGGGCUCUGCAUGCAGUGAACUGGAUCUUGCUGCCGAUUGUUGUUAACCUUGUGUUAGCAGAACACCCUGCCUCAACCUACGUUCGCGACUCAUGGAGAUGUGUUGCUUUUACCUGGGCGGCCCAGGCCAUGAAGACAGCGGGGAUGGUUAUGUGGACCUGCACCGGGUCUGAUCGGAACAAGGACGGCGUCAGGGACAGUGCCUAUGUCACCCAGCCGCUGGCAAGAUUCCUCUUGCCCGCUAGCGGCACCAUGCUGUUCUUUUGUGACAUUUGGUGCCUCCGGCUGAUGCAAGUCAGGCUUCGUGCCCUGGAGGAGUCAUUCGGGGAGCCUCUUCCCUUCACUCAGCCCAUCAGAUGGCUCUGCCGCAUCGUCACCGCCUGCGCCUUGUCGGGUACGUUUGUCGGCCUCCUGCCCAACGCGGUCAUCUUUGUGGGCUUUGCAGCUUCGACAUUGGGGUUGGGAUCCUUGACGCUCCUGAUGUGCUUGUCAAUCCAAGUUCCAUUGAAGGCACUGACAGCAAUGCCAGCAGCUCAGGGGGAUCCCAGUGCUUCAGAUGGCGUUGGCAGUGACAGUGUGCACAGUCUACGGCAUGGCUCAAGCCGCGCAUCGAUACAGCUGGAGGACGACAUGGCCUUUGCAAGGAAAGUACUCCGUCGGUCUCAGCUCGCUGUAAUCUUGGCCGGCCUGUCCAUGGUUUGGCACCAUGGUGCCUUCGGUUUGAGGCUCUUCGCUCCUUCGAAGCUCGUAUUCUCCGCGUACCAGUACGGGCAUAUGUGCAACAUGAUCGGAAACAUCCUCGGCCUGACACUGUUGUCAGGAAACCAGAUCACCUUCCCGGGAUCAUCCCGCCUCUCUCUCUCGAAGCGAAACUCGGCUGGGCUUGCCCCGAAACGCAGCUCCUCUGACAUGUCUACAUCUACCCCGGACGCUCAGCAGAGACCCCGGACAUCCUACUUACAGCAGGACCUCGAGUGCACAUGUCAGCAGGUUGGGAAGACCCGAUCAGUCAGUUCCUUUGGACAUUCGCGCUCGCAGCGCGAGGAGUCCAUUGUGGCGAAAGUGCUGUCUGUCUCGUCUUGGAGGCAUGCCAGAGAUCCGAGCUGCGAGAAGUGUGCUUGGGAAGACAUUGUCCAGCAGAUCUCGAAUCGGCGGAUCACGGUGGGUCAGUUGCUGGACUUCCACGCGCAGCUUAGCCCUCAAAAGGGCGUCAUGACGGCCCUGAUGCCGCAUUUUGAUGCAGGGAGGUCCACCACGAACGAUGUCGUUCGCCACGCUAUCAUUCCGCGGUCCCGAUGCGACGACGUGGGCAGGGCCUUAGCGGAGAUUUUCAUGCUCGAAGCAACAUCCAGAAGAUGGUUCUCUGCCGCUCAGUCGCCACCCCGUAUGGUCACCCACCAUUGGGCGAACUGUUUUCGUGACCUUGUCGCUGCUGUGGUAGCAGACAGUCUCGGCCUGACUCGUUGGGACAGCAUAGCGGACCAGCUCCAGGCCGGCCGUGAAGCAUCCCUUAGGAAGAGACUACAGGAUUGUGGCGCGCUUCGCUGGUGCUACUGGAUUUGUGCCUUCUGCAUCAAUCAGCAUGCCUCCAUCUGUGGUGACUCCAUGGGGCGACUGGACACUGUUUCGGGUGAGGUGCUGCCUUCAUGUGACUGCCUCACGCCGAAGUAUCUUAAUGAUCAACGAAUUCGCUGCGAGCUCAACAAGUUCGACAGCGUGAUGGAAUAUCUGCACCAGCGCUAUCCAAGGGGCUUUCUUCAGGUGGUUGCAGUGGACAGCCGGUUCGACUUGUUCUCGAGGGCCUGGUGCGUCGCAGAAUUGGUGCAGGCGCACAGCAGCCAGAUGGAUCAGCAUGUUGUCCUUCACUCACCCGAAGUCUUGGAGCAGAACGCGCCACGCCUCAGCUCCCUGCGAGUAGAAGACUGCGCUGCCUCGAGGGUGGAGGAUAAGGAGGCGAUCCUUGCAAAGAUCGGAACCGAGCCCGACAUUGCGGACUUCAACCAGCGCCUACAGGACUUGCUCCUCGGCGCCGACGGCCUCUUCGUUGGGUGGCAAGAUGGCCACAAACUCCUCAUGGAUGUUGGGGCGAUUGCAGCUCGAGCCAAGGCUCAAGGCAAGAGUGCUCCGCUGGAUGAUGAUUUUUUUGAGAUAUAG